AUGGAAGACAAUGAAAAUAGGCUUCGGUUAAUUACCCUAGACGAACAAAACCCAUCAUUAUAUCAGAAUGAAUGGUUACAAAAACUGUUGGAUGAUAAUAAAACUAAGCCAUCAUUAAAUUUAUUUUAUGAACUAAUAAAUGAUGACGAUAUGAAAAUGAUCGCUAAGGAGAUGGCAAAUAAUAAAACUCGGAUUAUUCUCAACCUGUCUUGUAGUCCAAUAACAGCAAAAGGAUGUCAAUAUCUAUGCAAUGCACUAGAAAGGAAUUCAACGCUGGAAGCCCUUUUCCUUUGUGAUAAUCACUUGGGUGAUGAUGGAGCACAAUUCGUGUGGCAAUUAUUACUAGCAGAUAAAAAUAAAACAAUUCGAGCGAUUGAUUUAUCUUUAACUGAACUAACUGACAAUUGCAUUGACAAGAUUGUUGAGGUAAUGAAAACAGCUAGGAUACGUUACAUUGAUAUAGAAAAGAAUCAUCUAUCGAUAGAGGGUAAACAGCAACUUCGUCAAGCUGCAAUAGAUAAUAAUUAUACGGGAAAACUUUAUUUAUAA